AGCCGGACAGUGAACCUUUGGAGUUUGAUAUGAUGAUCACACACACACCUGAUGACACGUGAACACAAUGACUCGGCUCUGAUCGGACGGAGGUGAUCCUGAAAUUGCUCAGUGAGCACCUUUAAUUUCCCUGAUUUACAUUUCGCUGUCAAUCACACCCAAUGGAAUCCAAUCAGAAAGCAGGCGGGGACGGACUGGCCGGGACGCAGAAGGAGACCGCACUUCGGGCACUGAUGCAACGAACCGGAUACCAACUGCGACAGGAGAACGGACAGCGGCGCUACGGAGGUCCACCGCCCGGCUGGGACGGACCUCCACCAGAGAGGGGCAGCGAGAUCUUUGUGGGGAAACUGCCGAGAGAUCUGUUUGAAGACGAGCUGGUUCCUCUGUGUGAGAAGUUUGGAAAGAUCUACGAGGUGAGGAUGAUGAUGGACUUCAACGGGAACAACAGAGGUUACGCCUUCGUCACCUUCAGCACCAAACUGGAAGCCAAAGCAGCCAUGAAGCAGCUCAACAACUACGAGAUCAGGAACGGCCGCCUCCUCGGCGUCUGCGCCAGUGUCGAUAACUGCCGUCUGUUUGUGGGCGGGAUUCCCAAAACCAAGAAGCGUGAGGAGAUACUGACAGAGAUGAGGAAGGUCACAGACGGAGUCGUGGACGUCAUCGUGUAUCCCAGCGCCGCCGACAAAUCCAAGAACCGAGGAUUCGCAUUCGUCGAGUACGAGAGUCACCGAGCAGCUGCCAUGGCUCGACGCAAGCUGCUGCCAGGUCGUAUCCAGCUGUGGGGUCAUGCCAUCGCUGUGGACUGGGCGGAGCCUGAGGUGGAGGUAGAUGAGGAUACCAUGGCGACAGUGAAGAUCCUGUACGUGAGGAACCUGAUGCUGCAGACCACCGAGGAGAGCAUCGAGAAGGAGUUCAACAGCCUCAAACCAGGAGCAGUAGAACGAGUGAAGAAGAUCAGAGACUACGCCUUCGUUCAUUUUACUCAGAGGGAGGAUGCCAUCAACGCCAUGAACGCUCUCAACGGGAAGGUUCUGGACGGUUCCCCCAUCGAGGUGACUUUAGCCAAACCAGUGGACAAGGACAGUUAUGUCCGUUACACCAGAGGAACCGGAGGACGAGGAAGUUCUUUGCUGCAGACCGACUACACAGCAUACACCCUGGGACAGGUAUAUGACCCGUCGGCGGCGUACCUCGGUGCGCCGGUGUUCUACGCCCCCCAGGCCUACGCCACCAUCCCAGGUCAGUUCCGCUUCCCGGCAGCCAAAGCUCAUGUUGGAGGUCGAGGUCUGGUCCGGACACCAUCGGUCAGAGAAAUUUACAUGACUGUACCUGUAGGGGCUGCGGGGGUGCGGGGGCUGGGCGGGCGGGGCUACCUGGCCUACGCUGCCGGGGGCGGAGCUGUGGGUCGAGGGGGCGGCGCCUCCUACGGCCUGAAGGUGGACAAACAACCUGAGGAGAAGCUGUACGACCUGCUGCCAGGUAUGGAGCUGACCCCCAUGAACCCUGCCGCCAUGAGCAUGAAGGCCACCGCCAUCAAACCCGCAACACAGGUGUUGGAGGAGCUGUGUCAGAAGAAUAACUGGGGUCUUCCCGUCUACCAGCUUCAUUCUGCCAUCAGUCCUGAUCAAAGACAACUGUUCCUCUACAAGAUCACCAUCCCAGCUCUGGCUAACCAGUACCCCAACGUUCACCCCUUCACCCCCACUAAGCUGUGUGCGGCUGUAGAAGAAGCUAAAGUCCAUGCAGCUGAACACACCCUGCAGACGCUAGGCCUGCAGACGGAGGGCGCCGCUGACGCUGCUGCCGCCGCCGUGGCCUCGGUGGCCUUCCCAGGUAUGUGAAGGCUACUCGUCUUCCCAGCUGAAGCAGACUCUCUCUCAGGAUCUGACAUUCGCCUAUGAAGGUUAUCCAGCCUUCGCUGUGGCGACUCGACACACCGACGGAUACGGAGUUUUCUAGAACAUCAGGUUCUCCUUCAGGUUCUCCAUCUGCAGCGAUGUUCUCCACUGGAAGCUUCUCGGACUGUUCUACUUCGGAGAAUCUCACUGCAGUCUGUUCUCUCUGUUUUAUAAAAAUUGUUCUGGAGUCAGGAGAACCUCCAGGAACCUCUGAAAGGACCUUCUGUUCCAGCUCACCACCACGUUCUCUCAGUAUUUAUUUUACUGCUGACCUGUGGUUCUCUGCAGUACAUGAAGAUGCUCCUCACAUGAUCAGAGAACACUUUUAAUCCAACAGAACAUAAUCUUUAAAUCGUAAUAUUCAUAUCUUCUAAAAUCUAACAAUUGUUUCAUUAGAACCAGUCGGAGGGAACGUUCUAAGUUCUAUUAUCAUCAAUGAAAGACAGAUUUCCGAUGUUUUUACAGUAAACUUGUAAAUUAAAACUUUUUCAAACUUCCCUUUUUGUCCAAAUGUAAAAAUAAAAAGUCUCCAUUCCACUGAGGAUCGUCUAAAUCCAGAAUCCACUCAGAACUCAAAGGUUCCUCGAGGUUCUUCUCUUCCAACAUCUGUCAGCUGCAGUUUUAAUCAAACCUCCUCGUCUCAUGUCAUUGAUUGUUUUCAGAUAUCGAUCAGGUUCGUCUCAGAAGCUGCUGCUGGGAAACGUCUUCAUCCUACUGUCCUCAAUCUGACGUCUGCAGCUCAGUGAUUGAUUAAUCAGCCUGUGAUCGGCUGAUCGGUUUCCUUUUCUACUCGUAUGUUUACAAUGUUCAGAUAUUACGGUUUGUGACUAUGUGUUGAAGACAGCUGGGAUUUGUAGUUCUUUGAAGGUGUCACCAUCAGCUGCCAGUUUCCAGGAGUUUUUACGUUGUUUCUGGAGGAAUCAGAAGCGUUUUUCUCUCUCGUCUUGAACAAAUCUCAGUUUGUUUUUCCUAGUCUUUGUGUGAACCAGACCUGAAUCCAUCUUUGUGAAGUUUCCGGUCUGUUUCUGCUUUAAGACAUCUGAACCAUCAAACCUUCACCGGCUGGUUUCCAUCCAAACGGAGAACACGAAGAGGAUCAGAAAAAGAACCUCUAUCUGCUGCUGCUCUGUAAGCACAAAGCUGUGAACGAAUUUAGAGAAUCUCCAGAUGGAGGAAAACAACCUGCUGGUCCAGUUUCUCAUGUUUAGCUGAAUGUUGUGGAUUCAGAGCAGAUUGAGGGUCUCUAGGAACUCCGUUCCACCAGUUUGUCUGUUUUUCUUGAGCAAAAGCCACAAUGUUGAGUUUGACUGAUUUAAACCUAAAAAUUUAUGAUAAAAAUUUGGCUUUUGGUAAAAUAAAAAGUCAAACUGCUGCCCUGAGUUGGUCUGAAGGUCUGUUAGCUGAACACUUUUCUACCUUCUACACAAAGACUCACUUUACUGUGGACUGUCCUUUGGUCACAUGUGCAAAGGAAAGUUACAGAAUUCACCUCAAAGCAGAAAAAACAGAAGGUCUGAUGUUUCUGCAGUGAUGAUCACUGACAAAACUUAACGUUCAUCUUCAGUCCAGAAACCAGAAGACAUCUGGUCCCUGAUGUCCAGAUUUACACUUACAGCCUGGAACGAGAACACAGGGACAUAAAACACCACAAACAGACCUACUGUGCUAGGAGAAUCAGUUCUUUGUAGACCCUUAUCUGCUCUGCAACUCAAAAUCCACAAUAUUUAUCUGAAUAUGAUGAAACUACAGCAGCAGGGAUGAAAGACUGGAAGUUCUAUCAAAUCUGACAGGAGAACGUCCUGAAUAAAUGGUUUUGUUGAGUCUGUUAAAGAUUCUGGAGCAAUAAAAGUGUCAGAAGCGUAAAUCUGCUCCUGUUUGGAUUGAUAAAGUUUUCCACCUCAGACGUCUGAGAACAUCUCCAGCUUCCAUCAGGCUGGUAGAACCCGUUUGGAUGGAAGCUCGCCUGUUGUCUGACGUCCAGCUUCUCGUUUCUCCACGUCUUUGAUUAAACCACAGUGAACUAAAACACGACAGGAAGCUGAAGAUGUUCCUGGUUGAGGACCUGAGAGAAAAACAGUGGAUGAGUCUCCUGGUGCCAGAAGCAGGUGUGAGGACUCCUGGUAGCGCUGGUCCUGGUCCUGGUCCUGGUCCUGGUGGUGGACAUGGACCGGUCCAACAGGGAACUCAGUCUGAGCUGGUAUUUGCUGAAGGAGUUCUACCGCAGCUGUGAACAUGCAGAGACAGUAUUAAAGUGUGUGAAGCACUUAGAACUUAUUUUUAUACCAGGAAAGAGUUAAAAUCCAGACUCUGUUUGUGAAGCUUCAGGAAUUGAAUCAGUCUGAUGAGCAGAGAGGAUUGUGGGUAUUGCUGGAGGGUAAAACUGCUUCAUAAAUUUGUACCGUUUCAUGAUCCAUAAUCUUCCCUGAAUAAACACGUGUUGUUGUUUUACAGCUGA